AUGGCAUCAUCAACGGACCAUGCGGCAGAGCUCAGCUCCGGAGAGGCAGCCGACAACAAGAGCCAAUCGAUCGUGCCAGAGAGCCGAACCGAUCAAGAUCUUGAGGCCUUAGCAGAAGAUACUUCAGCAGAAGACACCUCAGCACACAUCAAGGCAGAGAAGACAAAGGAGGAGGAGGAGCCGGCUUCUUCGACCGCAGCCGAAGCGCUCGCUGAUGACGUGGAGAAGAUAAGCCUGGAAGCGCACGAAGCACAUGCCAGACAGGCCGACGUCUCUGGUUCCAACACGACCAUCAAGGAAGCGACAGAGACGGAAGCGAUCGCAACUGAGCAACCGGCGAGCAACGAUACAGCUCAUCACAACGCAGGAGAGACUGUCAGCGAGAGCGCAUUGAAGAGUGGCGAUGUGAGAACGCCAGAGCAUGCGGUCGGUGUCGGUGCUGCCGACCAGACUGAACCGACAACGGGCAGUUCCACAUCGGAAGAUCCGACCUCUACUCUUUUGAAAGAACUCAGGGAUGGAGAGGCCUGCCACAUACCGCACCCCCUUGAAAACCCACUUGAUAGCGCAUCGAGCGACGAGGCAGCGAAGGAUGUACCCGAAUCCGAUGAGCAGGCCCCAAGCAGCGUUGCCAACGCGCCGGCGGAAGACAGCACGGCACCUCCCUCCGUUCCAAGUAAAGAAGCGCCACAGCCGCCAGAAAAGACAACAGCCAGCGCGACUACACACAAUCUCGCUUCGCCAGAUACGCCAUCUACGCCGCCAAUCGCUGCCCAAAAGGCUGCGAAAUCGAAUAGAGAGGCUCUAGCUGACCCUGAAAGCGUAGCAGCUGUAGCGCACGCAUUUGGUCGAGAAUCACCCGCAUUGCGCUCCUCGACCGACACACCGCAGCGCAUCGCUACCCCCAUCGACAACAUACGUGCCGCUGAGGCCAAGAGCGAUCAAGCCAAGGACAUUAGCGAGGACACUCCCUGGAACCACGCAUUCGGCGACGCAGAGUCUUCCAGAGCCACAACCGAGAUCGUUGCGUCAGAGAGCGAGAAGGGCGUACAAGGUGACAAGAUUGAGGAUACCCCUCGGGGCGGCAUCCGCAUCGGCAAAGGACCACCUCCAGCAACUCAGGCCAGCGAGGAGCUUCCCUUCGACUUUAACCGCUUCCUCGAGCAGAUGAAGCAUCGAAGCGCACAACCUGUCAGUGAAUACGUUCGCAGCUUCAUCAAGGGUUUCUCCAAGAAGCCCUACCGCACGCAGGACCAGAUCAAGCUCAUCUUCGACUUUCUCGACUUCAUUGCGGCACGCAUGAGGGAGUGCGAUGUCUGGAGGGAGCUCAGCGACAGCGAUUUUGAGAAUGCAAAGGAGGCCAUGGAGAAGCUCGUCAUGAACCGGCUUUAUCCUUACACUUUCACGCCUGCCGUGCAGAAGGAAGGAAGGUGGGCAGUGCAGACCGACGACCUCGAGCGUGACAGGGUUCUGCGGCAGCGUAUCGGGCUCUUUGGCUGGUUGAGCGAAGAGCACCUCGAUGUGCCCGUCGGCGACCACUCUCGUGGCUUCAUCGAAUUCUCGAUUCAGGAAUUGCUCAAGAUCAACCACUACAAGGCGCCUCGCGACAAGCUCAUCUGCAUCCUCAAUUGCUGCAAGGUCAUCUUCGGCAUGAUAAGACACCUCUCGACGCAGGAGAAUGCAGACACAUUCAUUCCGGUGCUCAUCUUUGUGGUGCUCAAGGCGAACCCGGAGCAUCUCAUUUCGAACGUCGAAUAUAUCAGCCGCUUCCGCAACCCGGAUCGCCUCUCGAGCGAGUCGGGCUAUUAUCUAUCGAGCUUGAUGGGAGCUAUCGCUUUCAUCGAAACGAUGGACUACACCUCGCUCAGCAACAUCACGCAGGAAGAAUUUGAGAAGCGCGUUGAAGAGGCCGUCUCGUCGCUGGCAGAACCUGAAGUGUCAACGGUAGCAGCGGCAGCCGGAGCAGCAUCAUCGGAAGGUAGCCUGCUAGUUCCACCAACGACGCCUCCGCCUAGGGGCGCUCAACCUCCGUUUGGCAAUGCGCAACAUCAACGAAGCGUCAGUGCGACCAGCGUUUCUGCUCCCUCUGGACCUGGCGAGGAGGCAGCCAAGGCCCUUCCAUUCACGCCCAUGGCAGCGUCGCUUGCCGACGACACGCGCGCCUUCUUCCUGAGAACAGGUGAAGCGGCACGAACCGGAUUGAGUCGGCCCAUGGGUGCUCUUGGCCGACUGAUUAACGAGGGCAUCGAGGGCAUCCGCACUCCUAGCAACAACGACAGCGGCGCUUCGACCGAGAGGCAGAACUCACCCGCGCCGCCUGCAGCCGUGACCUCCACAGGUAUGACGUCGUCGACGUCGCGGUCGAAAUUGUUCGGUGGUCUGUUCGGCUCGCUCGACACGUCGGACGGUGGUGCACAGGCACGUGCAGGCGGCUAUCCAGGACAGCAAGGAGGUCGCAGAUCGACGACGCUGGUCGACGAUGAACCGCACACGCCGUCGACGGACGAUCUGAUACAGGACGGUUUCCACCCGUAUCAAGCUGGCGGAGCGGCGGGAGGAGCGCCCAAUGCCCCACCUCGGUUAUUGCGACCCAACAUGCCUCAGAGAAACUACUCGAUCGACGACACCAUGUUUGAUGACGAGUCGGCGGGCAGACGCAAUCUGAUGGCAAUGACCGCCGGUAGCGGUCGAGGACAGCGCGAUGCAGACUUUUAUGAUGACGAUCCAGAUUCCGACGACGGGGAGGCGGCGGCAGCGGAACAGAUGCAUCGACGCAUGCGAAUGCAGCAAGACUUUGGCACGCCGUCGCGCCCAACAGCACCGGCAGAGGUUGGCGGUCAAGGACGACUGCAGGCCGGUCGUCGAGAGGAUAUUGCGUUCGAGAACGCACAGACGGAGCAGGCGAUACAGCGGUCGCUUAUGGAUCAGCAGCGUCUGGAUGCUGUGCAGGCGGACGAAGCGGCGCAGAAUUCGGCGAGUGUGGAGACGCUCAGAUCCAUCUUCCCCACCGUGGAUGAGGGUGUAAUUCAGAUGGUGCUGCAGGGAUGCGAAGGCAACGUCGAGACGGCCAUUGAUCGUCUCUUGGAGAUGCAGUAG